CCCGACCGCAACAGAGUUUGGACCUGACGCAGGAUGGCAGGAAGAGUUUUAACGCGGUGUGUCAGCAGGAUUUUACUGGAGUUUGCACCUGGCGCUAAUAAAGGCGCCAUAGUCARAGGAAAUAACCGCUUCUUCUGGACAACUUCACAGCGGACUGCCAGUUCUCUGACUAGUGGACGAGCUGCAUUCCUCCUGGGUUUGCCUGCAUUGACCUAUCUGGGUUAUAAAGCUGCUGUCAGGGUGCAGGGGUCACCUGUGGUCUACGCUGCGGAACAAGACGGGGUUUUGGAGCAGGCUGAUUAUCUGUAUGGCUGCGCAGAGACGGAGAAGCUGUAUCUGCUGCUGCUGCAGUACAAGGACAGCGAUAACGCAGAGUUCCUGUGGAGGCUGGCCCGGGCGACCCGUGACCUGUCCCUGCUGCCCGACACGGAGGCCGAGAGGAAGAAACAGCUGGUCUUUGAGGCCUUCGAGUACGCCCAGAGGGCACUGGAGAAGGGUGACACRUGUUUUGCAGCACACAAAUGGUACGCUAUAUGCCUCAGUGAUGUUGGGGAUUAUAAAGGAGUCAAGGUGAAGAUUGGAAAUUCGUACAUCAUCCGGGAGCAUUUAGAGCGAGCUCUUGAGCUCAAUCCCAAAGACGCCACAUCCUUACACAUCUUAGGCUACUGGUGCUUUGCRUUUGCAGAGCUGCCUUGGUAUCAGCGCAAAGUGGCGUCUGUUCUUUUCUCGUCUCCGCCUACGUCCACCUACGAAGAGGCUUUGGAGUUCUUCCUGAAAGCUGAACAAGUGGAUCCCAACUUCUACAGUAAGAACUUGCUCAUGCUUGGAAAGACGUACCUGGCAAUGAACGACCAGCAGAAAGCUCAUCUCUGGCUGAACAAAGCUAAAGAUUAUCCYGCUCGCACACUGGAGGACAAAGAGGUUCAUAAAGAAGCCGUGGAUCUUUUGAAGAAGCUCGGAUGAAGCUCUCGUCGGCACUUUCUGGACGUUUUGACAUUUACUGUAUACACACGUUGGGAUUCAUUACAACAGUUUACUGGAUGUUGCAGUAUUUAACACUGACGUGGACAUCARUCACACCUUCAAAAGAUAAUUGCUUGAAAUUUAAUCUUAGCUUUGUCUGUUAAAGCAGACUUGUUGUGCUUUAAAUCCUUUUUCACGUGUAAAUCUUUCAGUUGGGGUCUAUAUAACGUAACUAAAACAUUUGGUCUAAA